AAUCAUUAUUUAAGUAAAAAAAAAUUAUAUUAAAAGUUUCACUUUAUCUCUUUCAACUUGGUACUUUGAUAAUGAAAUUUGUAGGCUGGUAUGGACAUGGGUAUUGUGAAUGCAGGUAAUUUACCUGUGUAUGAUGACAUCAACCCAACUUUACUCCAACUAUGUGAGAACGUUAUUUGGAACAAAGAUCCUGAUGGUACCGAGAAACUUUUAGCAUACGCACAGACACUUGGAAAGGGGGCUAAGAAGGUGAUUGAAAAUGAUGAAUGGAGGAAAUUGCCAGUUGAACACAGGCUGGAGCAUGCCCUAGUCAAAGUAAGUUAGCUAAGAUUAGAACUAUUUCUAGAUCAGUG